AUGGAGCCAACGAGUGCAUCGAAGCUUCGUGGUAAAAAUUGGACCAUUGAAGAAGAUGAAGCGUUGUGUACAGCAUGGCUGAAUGUUUCUACGGAUGCAGUGGUCGGUAUAAAUCAAAAUACUGAAAAUUUGUACAAUCGGAUCUACGAGAAUUUCAUCGAAAUAUGCACAGCUAAAGUUGUUUCAUCCAAUCCGGAACUUCGAGCACCGAAAGGUAUCAAGGCCCGCUGGCAUCAAAUUAAUAAAACAGUUUGCAAGUUCGCUGGUUGUAUAGCGCAAAUCACCAACCAGCAGCAAAGCGGAGCAUCACCUGAAGAUAUUUUUAAGCAAGCAUUGACAUUGUUUGCAUCAACGGAACAUUCAUCAUUCUCGCUAAUGCACUGCUUUAAAAUUCUGGAAAGUGCUCCAAAAUGGCAGCAAUACAAUGUAAAGGAAACAUCGAUGAAACGGAAGCUAACAGUUGUAAGUGAAACCAGUUUUGGUGGGAACGAUUAUGGAAAUGGUAAACUACAAACUGGUGAAGAGCGUCCCAAAGGACAAAAAACAUGUAAGCAGCAGCUGAAGCAUCAACACAUGCUGGACUCUACCGCAUAG